GCCCUGGCGCAGACUCCAACAAGAUCAUUCGCGGCUUCGGCCAUCUUCUAUAUUGAAAAAAAAGCCGAUCGCGAAACGCUCUGUCCCUUCUGCGUCGCUUCAACGGCCCGGCCAACCGCCGCUUCGACUCCGCAGUAGCAGCAACUCUUGACGCUCGGCCCAGUAUCUUUGCCGCACCCAUCAUCCCACCUUCGAUCGGACCGACCGUACCUGGCCACUUCACGCAACAGCACACGAGCACGAUGACGGACGGCCUGCCUUCGACGCUCGAAGCCAUCGACGUGCGAGCCAACGUCGCCGCCAAGGCUGGCAACGUCUACGCCCAGUACACGGUCGUCAUCACGUGCCCGUUCACGCAGGCGCGCUGGUCGUGCCGCAAGCGCUACUCGGCCUUUUGGCAGCUGCGCGAGACCUUCCGCGUCAUCCACGCCCACGCGCCGGCGUCGCCGCUUGCACCGCUGCUCCACGCGCUCCUCGCGACACCAUUUCCGUCCAAGCACCUCACGCCGACGCGCGCCCGCGUCAUGGGCGAGCGCGCCAUGUUGUUUCAGAACUUUCUCCUGCAGCUGCUCCACCUGCGCAACGCAUGCUGGGUCAACCUCGCGGCGUCGCCGUCGCUGGCGCUGCCCGCCGCACGCUACGUGGCCUUGAUCGCCGACUUUUUGGGCAUCUACGACGUCCCGAUGCUCGAGAUCCGGCCGACGACACGCGCCAUCCUCGACGAGGCAUGUGCCAUCUGCCUCGACUCCAUGCACGCGACCGACCUCGUCGACGGCCGCCACGUGGUCCAGCUCCCGUGCCGCCACGUCUACCACCAGCGCUGCGUCGGCCAGUGGCUGCGCACGAAGCGAACCUGCCCCCUCUGCCGCGACCCGACGACCCAGAUCACGGGCCUUCUCUUGGCAUGAGGCAGCAAUCUGGCAAUCCUGGAUACAAGAAUGUCUUUUUUG